AUGGUCGCUGAAGUCCACGCUUCCGCCCUUCGCGGCCAUCUGCAUCUUCAUCAUAGCAACCCCUUUCUGCCCACUGGGUCCAGUUCCAAGUACCUGCUCGCCAAACAUGCGCAGCUGCAUCGGCAUCAAAUGGUUUCCGUAAUGCUCGACAACGUCGUGCUUCUCCACCGCAUAUCCAAGAUAGCUCCAGUUUGCGGAAUCCGUGCCGUACCGGACGCAUUUCUCCGCUUUGGCUGGGGUCCACCACCUCGGAAGGAGAUCGGGUUUGCGUUCAACGCGCUUCAGGAAGCGGCGGAAGCCAGCGCGUCCGCCAUCAGUCGCCCCGGCAUAGACGCUAUCCGCCUCAAUAUCCCCUGUGAACGUGUAGUCGUCGUCUAA